AUGGGGGUGGAACCCAUCGUUCUUGUGCUGGAAUGGUUUAUGUGCGUAUUCACCCGUACUCUGCCCUGGGAGUCCGUUCUGCGUGUUCUCGACAUGUUUUUCUGCGAAGGAAAAAUUGUCAUGUUCCGAGUGGGCCUGGUACUCCUCGAACGCUGUUUUGGAAAUUCGUCCUACCGGAAGUCCUGUGAAGGCUUAGACGAUGUCAUCAUGCGGGCCCAAGAAAUUACCUCAAAACUCGACAAUCCGGAUGAGUUGGUUCACGAGAUCCGCGUUGCGUUAGCCAGAAGCGAACAGCUGGUCGCCCUGCCUCCUACUCCCCUCCUGGUCCGCACAUCGGAGUCUGACUUCCUUUCCGACCACAGCACGCGCUGCCCUCCUCUGCGUGCUGGUUUUUUGUACAUCAAACUUUCGAUUGGCCUUUCGUGCUGGAGCCCUCCUCCAGGCUGA